AUGGAUUCGAUAGAACCAGAACAAACCCCUUUCGCGGCUGUGAGCGCGCAAACUUCAAAGAUAGGACGUCAAUACCAAGCUUGGUUAGAUAAAUCAACACCAUAUGUUCCUUACAGAUGGUUGGCUACAUUUGGGCUUCUUAUGAUAUUCUUCAUUCGCAUAUUCGUCGCACAAGGAUGGUAUAUUGUGGCAUACUCUCUUGGAAUCUACCUUCUUAACCUCUUUCUCGCAUUUCUUCAACCUAAGUUCGACCCCUCCAAUGAAGCUAUCGAUAAUGAUAUGGAAGAUGGAGCUGCUGGUGGAUUACCAACCAAACAAGACGAAGAGUUCCGCCCGUUUAUCAGAAGACUUCCUGAGUUUAAGUUCUGGCACUCAGCGACAAGAGCAAUCGGAAUUGGUUUCGCUUGUACUUGGUUCGAGAUUUUCGAUGUACCAGUGUUCUGGCCAGUGUUGGUUGUUUAUUGGUUGAUUCUGUUCACAUUGACCAUGCGCAGACAAAUUCAACAUAUGAUUAAAUACCGAUAUGUGCCAUUCUCGUUCGGCAAGACUAAGUACACCAAAAACAGCUCGUAA